UUCAAGAGGAAAGCCUAAAAGGGCCAGAGACCCAAUUAUCCGCUGACCUGGACGCUACACUUUAUUACUCUAGAGCACGACAGCGACAGUAUCGGUGGGUAGAUAGGGCAUGACUACGGAGUAUCAGGAUCUGUCGUAGUGACUGAUCUGGUGGUUUCGUGGGCCCGUUUCGUAACAGUCAAAUCACCUCUGUCCUCUGCAACAGUGUCCUUACUCUACCUCCAAGGCUCCUGUUACCAUUCUUUUCUCCUUCAUCUCUCUCUUUCUGUUGUCCAGAACAAUAACGGUCGGUCUCUCCGCCAACUUUUAGACUGUCGCGGUGAGCCUCCGUCUAUCCAGGGCUCAAGGAACCUGUCCAUACCAGCCAUUCCUUGUCAUCCUUUAUCGUCGCCUUAAUGGAGGAACGGGUCCGUGUUGCACCGUAUAACAUGGCUGGUGACUGGCAGAGUCCGCAGCCUACAGCAGGAUCGUCCAUGUUUUCCGCUACCACUACCACUACCAUUUCCCAGCGACGUCGCUCUUCAGCUGCUCAUACUCGUCCUGCGGGCCCACCUCCAAAUCUUCCAAUUCCCAGUCUUCCCGACAUCACCAAUGACCGUCCAGGCCAUUCUUCUACCAUAGUACGACCUUCAACGGGAUCAGAUGACUCUCAGCGACACACGAAUGGCGUCAACCGUGGCACACGCUCAGCCUCUUUUGCGAGACAGGGCCCAUCCCCAUCGCUAGCGGCAGUCGCUGCUUUCCCUCAUCACUCAGUUUUCACUGCACAGUCAUCUGCUUCUUUGUCCGUCGACGAUCUGUCAGACUCCCCACCUCCAUCAAUACUGCCCCCUUCGUCUUCACGUUUACAAGCACCGCCAUUGCCUCCAGAUGUGGACACGGAUCGCUUACUACCUCCAAUGGAAACUCGCUCAGAGCAUCGCCCACCAUCGUCUCGACGGGCACUGACAAGGGCGUUGGAGCUUGCUCGUGAGGCCGUACAGCUAGACUCCAAUAGCAAUAACCCCCAAGGCGCGGUCAUGGCGUAUGGCAGAAGCGUUGCACUUCUCAGCGAAGUCAUGGAUCGCGUCCGCAGAGGCGAGGAUACCACUGAGCCCAGACGACGAAAUGGAAGACGUAGAAGUAGUGUUGCGCAGGAAGAGGAGGUCCGAAGGCUGCAAAAAAUUCAUGACACGUAUGCUGAUCGCAUGAAUAUCCUUAGCGUCGUUUACAGCAUCCCUCCCUUACCCUAUACAACGGCGUCCAUAUAUUCGCCCAUCUCUGCGGAUUCCACACAACCGAAUUCUCCGACUAGCUCUGUUUCUCCCGUGUCCGAAACCUCAGACCAGAUACCUCAAGUUGAUUAUACCAUGAAUGAUACCCAUGUGGAAGACAAUAAUCCUCAGGUCGCCCCAGGUAUCUCCUUGUCGGACCACGUGAGUGCUCACGAAGGUAUAGAGGCUAUUGGCGCUGCUAUGUUCAUGGACCUUGCGAGCCCGGUCAGAUCUACGAUAUCAGGUCUUCCCGUUUCUUCAUCCCACCCAUAUGCCAACACCCAGUACGAUCCGCCUACACCCCACGGAGUUGCACCAUCUCUUCCAGCCCAGUCCACCACUCCAAACCGGAUGUCUAUGCAGCCUCGACGAUCAAGAGCAUCUUCGUCGGCCCUACCUCCAGCGCUACCGCCACCUCUUAAUUCUCCUCCUCUAGCUCCCACAACCGCCAAUGAAACACCACUUGACAUGCCCCUGCAUGGCUCACGGCAGUUUCUUGAUCCUGCAAUCAGACAGUGGGGUGACUCCGUUGGACAUAGACGAACAAGCUCAGGCAGUAAACUGGCUGCCCUGGAAGAGGAAACCGAAAAAUUUGAGCAUUCAGCGAUAGAAAUAUCAGGAGCUGAAGUGCGAACAAAUUCUCGGCUUAUUUUCGUGGAUACACGCACAGUCAAGAAUGAAUCUCCACCUUUGCCAGCCUUGCCUUCCCCAGCAUCAGGUUCACCCGGUACACCCCGCAACAACUCGUCUCCUCAAAUUCCCAGUAGUGUUGUCAUUCCUCGACAGAGAGGCUCCUCUCAAGCCCCUCGACCUGAGGUUGUUGUAAUCAAUCCCACCAUUCAUCAGAGUACAAUCUCGCAGCGACGCCUAAAGACAUCAGUACCACCCACUCCGAGAUCUUCCUCCCCGUCCGAGUCUGUUGUCUCAGGCGGCUCCCAUCCCCGAUCUGUGGCUUCCUCCUUGCCAAGUUCAGGAGCGUCGCUUAGUGGUGUAGGUCGAACGCGCUCUUCGUCUCAACCCGGUCGACGCCCGUCUUUGAUAGGCGGUCGAAUAUCACCUCCAGAACAGCGACCUCCACUUCCUUCAACCACUGUCACCAAUAUAAAUAUAAACGGUGCUGCGUCCGCUCUGCGCAAGACAUCGUUUCCCUCCAAACUGAAUCCAAAUGCCCAGAUUCAAUUAACAGUACAAACUGACCUACCUUCCAUGUCCAUUAAUCCUCCCCUUAUGCCUCCUCCCGCCGUUAUUUCUAGUGUUCUCCCCAUCACCCCUAUAUCACCAUUACCUGCAGCAGCACCGGCAGAUCCAUUACGAAAGCCCUACCAUCUCAUGAAUUUACUUCGUACAACCAUGACUUCCACCACAGGUGGAUAUAUAACGCGUCGCUUACAUGUUCCGCAGGAAGUAUGGUCCCAGGGUGGUGCCAAAUUGAGUAACCUUCCAGAGAAGGUGCGCGUGGUUGGCAUUCUGUGUUCAGCCCUAGAAGAUCUACAAAAUAGCAGCUCCGAACACUUUGGUGCAGGGAAUGUAAGCAGUGGUAUGGGUCUAGGAAUCGGAAGCAUAGGCAGGAAGGAAGGGGAGGCCUGGAUAUCGAAGCUAGAAGACUUUUCGACCAUGUGUGAUGGUGUCGUAGCCAACUUUGGGAAGAAACUUGGCGUCGGGGAAGGUUUUGUGUUAAAGAAGACUACCUGGGGGGACAAACUUGGGCGGCGUUUCGACAAAUAUAUCAAUGGCAAGAAUUUGGAUUCGCCCGCUGCAUAUGUGCAAGGGUUGCGGAAAUUGUUCCUGCAUGCUCAGUUGCUCGACGAGCAUACUAAAGCCAUCAGUUGUCAGCCGGUGGCGCCUGCAUACGCAGCCUUCCCUGCUGACAUCCGCACUGCUGCUGAUAUAAAGCUAAGGCGGUCGUCGGAGUUCUUCGCCAGUGUCGUGCUCACAUUCGUCAUCCGCGAUUUAUCUCAACUUCUGGACAAAUAUGCCAAGAAGUGUGAAAAGUGGCUAGCAGAGUAGCGGCGCGCUCCUACAGUUAAAAAAUUCGUCUUUCUUUUUGGAUCCUCUCCUGAUGUGCUUCUUGGAUGUGCCAAUUGCUCCCCAGUCCGAGGGUCUCAGAAGGUCCUGUGCGAUUGUACUAUCGACGGUGAAACCUUUGUCCACUUAUAUCUGUGCUACAUAUUGUAUUACUGGAAAAGUGUCAGUUCUGGAUAGUAAGAGGGUAUGUUGUGGAGUAUUAUUUUGUAUUUUAUACGCGUCUCGUACAUGCAUUAGCUAUAGUUACCUUCGUCACUUCGACUUCUGCCUUUAUUU